UUAGUUCCUGGUUCAUUAAUUAGGUUAAAUCGUUCUGUAUAUAAUAACUAUAAAAAAAAGGAGCCUAAAUUGGUACUUUAUGAACCAUAUAAAGCUGCAGUGAAACCAAUAAAAAGAAAAAAUCUUGACUGUAACGAGCUCGUUUCACAAAUACUGUUAAUGAGUAAUAAUGAAAUAAAUUUACAAAAAGGCAUUCCUAUGACUUGUGUUAAACCAAUAGCUAAAACGAAAGAUAAACCAUUGGAAACAUUAAAAUCUGAUAAUGACAAACAAAAUUUACUAUCUGAAAUAGAUUACCUACGAGAUGAAAAUUUAACAUUAAAAAGCCAAUUGGCUUUUCAAGCACAAGUCAAUGCAGAGCUAAAAACCAUGUUAGUAGCAGCUGUUGGUGAAGAUGUUGAGACGAGAGUUCAUUUAUUAACAGAAGACAAAUUACAUUUAGCCGAAGCGUUAUUGAAAAGUGUUGAGAACUUAUCCACUCAUCAGGAACAAAUUGAAUGGCUUGCAGGACAGUGUGAAGUGUGGCGAAGUAAAUUUCUAGCAUGCAGUCUGAUGGUUCAAGAACUUGCCAAUUCUAAACAGACUCUCACACAAAGAGUGAACGAACUAACGGAAUCAUUGAAGUGUUUGUUAUUGGAAACGCAUUAUGUUAGGGAUAAACAAUGCGUCACCUUACAAACCUUGAAUAAGAUUAUAAAUGCAGAAACAAUUUCGCCAGUUUUGAAUUUUUUAGAUUCUAAUGGCAAGUGCCAAGAUUUUUCACAAAUUGCAUUUGAAAAAUGUAAAGGAAUUAUUGAACUGCAUGAAUCAUCGAAUUAUACACCAAUAUUUUGUAAUACACCAGCGGAGGCUUAUGCUGAAAAGCUACUAACCAAUACACUGCAAGUUAAAGGAAGUGAAGCUAUUUGUAAUGCUGUUGUAUCGACAGCAAACUUGAUAUCAAAAUGAUAAGACUAACUAUAAACACAUAAUAAAUAACACAUAGAAAUUUUGUAAAUAUUAUUGAAGAAAUGUGAACUGAAUAAAUGUUACAAAUGAUAUAUGACAAUACCU